GUUAACGCAGGCAGAGCUCGGAAACGAUGGCGACAGAAAUACUGAGAAUGAUCUGCGCCGGCCAAGGAGCAGUCAACACGGAGGAUUUAGUGUAUAAUCUGUUUUCCGGCGAUCCCACGAAGUUGUCGGAGAUCAUUUCGAACCGAGAGAAAUUUGCUCGGUGUUGUCCAAACGGACAGGAGAAGGUGGUGGCCAGGACCCGCCUGAGACUUUGCAGAGGCAAAGACUGCCCGGGGACGUGCAGGGGUCUGCACCUGUGCAAAAACUUCCUCUUCGGAUUCUGUGAGUUCAGCCAGCUCAGGAGGGGCUGCAGCUUCUCCCAUGAGCUGACGUCUGAGCAUAACCAAAGACUUCUGAGGCAGCAUGAGCUGGAGAGCCUGAGCCGAGAGGAGCUGUGCACCCUGCUGCUGCAGAGUGACCACACACUCCUUCCUGCUAUAUGCUACAACUACAACAAUGGUGAUGGAGAGUUCAGCAGGUGUCGGGAUGGUGAUGGUUGCAGGAGGCUCCACAUCUGUGAGAACUACAUCAGCCGUGAAUGCAGCUGCUGGAAGAACCACGAUUUUAAUGCUCCACAGCCAUUCAGAGCUUUGAAAGUUAGAGGCGUACCUGACACACUCUUUCAGUCCUUGAAGGCUGCUUAUGCAAAUAAACAGGCUUUGAGACUGGCUGGAACCAACAGGGAAGAUAGAGUCCACAGAGGAAACUGCUCCAGUGGUGAAGUCUCUGCUAAUGACAACAACACUGAUGAAAACAGUCCUUUUGGUAAGAGCAAAAAGCGGCCACGCCAUUGGGAUAGAGGGAAACACGGUAACCCGGUCAACCGAGAAAACGCCCGUUUCUCAAGUGACAUUCAUGCAGCUGACGAUGAAGCUGCAAAAGCCAACAAAGGGCACAACAAGAGACAGAGGACCAUUAGAGAUAAAACAGGGAUCUGCAUGUACUUCAUUAAAGGUCACUGCAAACAUGAUGAUCGAUGUUAUAAAGCUCAUGACAAGAUGCCGUACCGAUGGCAGGUCCAAGAUGGAGUCCAGUGGACUGAUUUGCCCGACAAUGAGACAAUUGAGAGAGACUACUGUGACCCCAGUAACUCAUACAGUAGUACCAGCCCGGCCGUGCACUUUGACACGAUGACGUUUGGACAGAACAAAGUGCGUCGACUCUCGACAGAAAACUCGGUGAUCAAGCCGACCUUCAUCCACACCACCGAGUGGCUUUGGUACUGGCAGGAUGGGAGUUGGAACAUGUUUGCAUCCGCUAUUGGUGGACACGAAGCAGCAGACAUCAACAGUGCAAAGCUGGAGGAGAAGUUUCUGGCCAAUGAUAAAGACGUGGUGGAGUUCACUGCUGGUUCACAGUCAUAUUCACUCAGUUUCCAAGACAUGAUGCAGACAAACAAGCGUUACGGCACCAAAAGGCCUGUUUGUAGACGGCCACGGUUUGUCUCUGCUGCAGAUGCCCUAAAAAAGAAAGUCAGAAGGUCUUCAGUUCAAAGCUCCACUUCAAUACCAAAAACCUGGGACAACACACAGAUCCCUCAAACAGGAUGCUCGCGAAUCUCACUCCAGCUCAGCUCAGAAGAAUUUAAGGAGGCUGAAGCUCUUUUCUAUAAAACCAUGAAAGACUGUGACAUCAUCAACAUUGAGAGGAUUCAGAACAAAGCUCUAUGGGAAGCCUUUCAGUUGCAGAAAAAUCAAAUGAAGAGCAAAAACAGAGAUGGAAAGGUGAUGGAGAAAAAGCUUUUUCAUGGCACUGACUCCAAAGAUGUAGACGCCAUCUGCCACCACAACUUUGACUGGAGAAUCUGUGGAACUCAUGGAACGGCUUAUGGGAAAGGUAGUUACUUUGCCCGUGAUGCCAGUUACUCCCACAACUACACCGGAGACACUGAUGUGAGAGCCAUGUUCAUCUCACGGGUGCUGGUGGGAGACUUCACCAUAGGGUCCUCUGAUUAUCGCCGACCUCCUUCCAAGGAUGGAGGGGGCAUAAACUUCUAUGACAGCUGUGUAGACGAUGUAAUGGACCCCUCCAUAUAUGUGGUGUUUGAGAAGCACCAGAUCUACCCCGAGUACCUGAUAAAGUACAAGACCACAAACCUACUUAAUGUGCACAAUGGCAAUGCAGCAACUAAAGCAGGUUUUAUUCAAAGUACUAAUAAUUCUUGUGUCAUUGCUUAACAAAAGUGGUGUAAAAGGGGGUAGGCAGUGUCUUGAAAUGGAAAUUUUAUUUUGAAGGAGCUUAAUAGAGUUUGUGCUGAAUAAUUUAAUCAUAUGCAAACACAUACCUGAAAGCAAAAAAGCACAAAAAAAUCUUAUGUAGAGAUAAAUAUAAAAAAAGAAGCAGUAGAUAUUAAUGACAGAUAUGUUCACAAUAGAAAAGAACUCUUACUUACUUCCAGACGAUUAGAAAAUGUGAAUUGUGAGCUGGUCUGUAGUUAAUGUAGAUUAACAGUUUAUGAUUAAUUAGCUUCUCAGUCAGAUGAUAUUAAAACAUUUUAGGUUAAAUUCAAAUGAUGGGGAAACCUUGAUGAAAUUACUGAAUGAUGAAUGAUUUAUAUUUUUACAUUUUCCUGUUGCACUUUAUUAUUUCUAUUUCUGUUUUUGUUGUUUUGAUGCUGAAGUUUUUCCACCUUGACCAAAUGUAAAAUGAUUUUCUACAAAUUGCCAGCAUUUCCUCUCACUUUGUAUUUAUGAGCAUAUUGAAGAUGAAGAAAAAGGUUGGCACGAUCCCAUUUGCUGAGGUGUUGUUUAUAGAAAAUAGACCAGCCUUUAUACAGAAUAAUUAAAAAACAGCAGGACUGAGUUAACCUUAUCAGAAGAAAAAACCAAGUGCUUUCCUCAUGAUUAUCUUCGGAGGUUUUAUAUGUCUGCCACAUUUAGUGUUAAUUAUGCAAACAAAUCAUAAAAUGUCAAUUAAUGAUAAAGGACGCUGUCAGAUUAGACCAUUAGAGUCAGAAAUUCUUAUAAUGACUUGUCCGAGACACAUGAUGGAUUAUGUGUUGGUGCCUGAUGGUAGCAACAAGAAGCAGGGACCAACUUUUGAGAACAUGAAUAGAAACAAACAGCAGCUCUGUGUUUGGAAAAACCUAAAAAAAAAAAGAGAAAAAUAUUAAAAGGGAAGCUCAAAGACGAUGCUGUGGUGGCUCUUAAUCUCUUUAAGAUCGUCCCAUUGUGCACUACAGAGCGCACACCACUGCUCUUGGAGUCACGAAAACAUAAAGGUUGCGUUAAAACUUGAUAUCUGAUAUAGCAUUACACUUCUUUCAACUCAGACAAAGUCCAUUGCACUACUUUCAAGCACUUUGCAACCUGUCCUCUAAUUUGGUCAUUUCUUCUGGAUGCAUUUCUCUUGCUUGUAUAUAUUUAUUUUGUCGUAUGUACUCCUUUUGUCUGUUUUUUAUUCUUGCCGUCCUACUGUUUCUAUUUUUAUUUCAUGCACAGUUGAUGUGGAGAACCCACAAUUUGUUUUGUACAUGCACAAAGAAAAUAAAAGGCUAUUCUAUUCUAAAAAGGAGGCAUGCCUAACUGGCAUCAUUUAGUUAUCAACUAUGAUGGUAACGUCAAAUGAAUUCAGCUAUGUUGCAACUGCAAGCAACAAAGUUGCAAAACACACAACAGUCCUGGGAACUGUUGGCUAACACAUGGAGGUCUGUGCCACU